AUGCAACAAAAUUCCAUUCCAUCUCCUAUGCGUCUGCUCAGUGACAUUCGUCAGGACGCAGAGAAAAUAAAGGAUAUUUUUUUACAUUCUUCCUCAAAGGCGAACAUUGAAUCCUUCCCCGUGUCUGUCACUGCUCCUAACCUUUCAAAGAAAGCUGAAAAUCUUACUAAUUCAGAGUAUUUUGAAUCUUCUCUUUUUGCACAUUACCAAGCAUUGGAUUUAUGGAGAACCGAAAGCCUAGCCAGUUGUUUGACAAUUAAGUCCACUUUAGACUUACUCAAAUCCGAUACUUUAACUUCUGAAGAUCUUAUAUUUACUUGUCAAACACUUAUAAAGGCUUUAAGAAAACUCUUGGGAGUGUUAAACAUCGAGAAUAUUUCUUAUAUCAUUGAUGAAUAUGCUAAGAUGUGCGAAGACAACUCUCUUCUUCGAUCUCAGAACACCAUUGAUUUGAACCGAACGGACGUUUUUGUAGCUUUAGAGAGUCUUUGCGACAAAAGGGUAUUUGAAGAUGAUAUGCUAAGAACUGAACUUCGAAAUGUUCAAUAUGAUCUGGACAGAGUUAGAGAGUCUCUUGAAGUCUCCCAAAAGACAGUCACAUAUGUGAAAGCUCAAUUGCAGGAUGAAAAAAGACGUUAUGCAUUCCUAGAAACAACUUCUGCUGAAAUCACUUGUCUUAUCCGCGAUCUCGCUUCUGAUCUCAAUUGUUUUGAUAGUGCAUCAAAUGGCCUCCAAAUUGCUCAGUCUCUUAGUCGUCGAAUAGGAGGUCUUCUUAAUUCACUACCUUGGUUGCGCUCAUGGCGCGAAUCUGAUUCAGUUCAUGAGUUGUUCAAUCCAGAAGUCAAUCCCUAUCAUUUACUUCAACUUAAAGAAAAAGAGCUAAAAUCAAAGACCCAGUCUUUGGAAUCAACCAGCACCUUUAUCGAUCAAUUAGCCAAUGAAUUGAAAGAAAGCAAAUCGGAAAAGUCGCGUCUUAGUGAAGAGUUGGAAGGCAAGAACCGCCUUAUUCAAAAGCUUCAAGAUGAACUUGCAGAGAAGACGGUCCAGAUUGAACGCUAUCGAGCUACUUUUGAUGAAUUGUUUGAUCCGGUGACUGCUGCUAACUUUGCCAAACAAGUGGCUGAGAGGUAUAAUAAAUACAACAGUUCAAUUAAGUCGAAGAACUCUGGUGUAACUAUAGGGCAAACAGGUUCUUCUUCACAAGCUUCUCAAGGCAACAUGCUGUCUAAAGGUGAACAACCAUCGUCGAUUUCGUCCUCCUAUGUUCCCGAAAUCUCUCCAAUUCGUCGACCUGUUGAGCUUAUUCCCGUUCAACGCCAUAAGCUGUCACCUACCGAAGUUACUACUGGAUUAGACAAAGAGAACGCGUCUAGCCAUAAGCUAAAGCUCAAGCCAUUGAAAACUGAGCAAGAAGCUCCUCAAGCAAUGCGCAAAGACGUCCCGUUAAGGAAACCUCCAGCUUCGCCCAUUUCAGGCGCUUCGAAACGACCUCGUCUCGCUGAUGCAAAUCCGGAAACUCCUGCUACACAGGAUUAUGUGCGUUCGACCCUAAGAACCAAUCCCUUGGAUAUCAAACGACCUCAGUUAUCGAGACAACAAGAAUAUAAACCUCCAUCUUCUCAACAUUUUCUCUCCUCUGAUGAAAAACAUGACCCCGGUUGUGCAACCUCUUAG